AUCUCCGGCUCUCUCUUUCUCUCGCUACACCCAAGAUCAAAGCGAGAGAACUCUCCACUCUGUUUCUCGCCUCCUCCUCUCUCUCUCUCUCUCUCUCUCUCUCUCUCUCUCUCUCUCUCCUUCGCCUCCUAGGAAACCCUAGUGGGGCGAUCGAAACCCUAGCUUGGGGGUCCUCCGCCAUUGUUGCCGCGGCGCCUCUCGAUCGCGUCGGGGAUCAGCGGCUCCUCCGGGUUCCCGCGGCCAUGGACCUCCCGAGCCUCGCCGUUGUCCUCCGCGCCGCGCUCAGCCCCAUUCCGGAGGAGCGCAAAGCGGCCGAAGAGAGCCUCAAUCAGUUCCAAUAUACACCACAACAUCUGGUAAGAUUGUUACAGAUCAUUGUAGAUGGGAACAAUGAUAUGGCUGUACGCCAGGUUGCAAGCAUUCAUUUCAAAAACUUUGUUGCCAAAAAUUGGUCACCUAUUGAGCCUGGUGAACCCCAAAAGAUAUCAGAAAGCGACAAGGCCAUGGUGCGGGAAAAUAUCCUUGGUUUUAUAGUUCAAGUUCCACCUCUUUUGAGAGUGCAGCUCGGUGAAUGUAUGAAAACCAUAAUUCAUGCUGAUUACCCCGAACUAUGGCCGGGUCUGCUUCACUGGAUUAAAGGCAAUUUGCAAUUGCAGGAUCAACAAGUAUUUGGAGCUCUGUAUGUACUGAGAGUUUUGGCUAGGAAGUAUGAGUUCAAGUCAGAUGAAGAGCGAACCCCUCUAUAUCUCAUUGUUGAAGAGACAUUUCCUUCUUUAUUGGGCAUAUUCAGCAAGCUUGUUCAGAUUGUCAACCCUACUAUAGAAGUAGCUGAUUUAAUCAAGCUCAUAUGUAAAAUAUUCUGGUCGUCAAUAUAUUUGGAGAUUCCAAAACAACUUUUUGAUCCAAAUAUCUUCCAUGCAUGGAUGGUUCUAUUCUUAAAUAUGCUGGAAAGGCCUGUUCCGGUGGAGGGCCAACCAGUAGAUCCAGAAGUCAGGAAAUCUUGGGGAUGGUGGAAAGUUAAAAAAUGGACAAUCCACAUCUUAAACCGUCUAUACACCCGCUUUGGAGAUCUGAAGAUUCAAAAACCGGAGAGCAAAGGUUUUGCUCAAAUGUUUCAGAAGAAUUAUGCUGGAAAAAUUUUGGAAUGCCAUCUGCAAUUGCUCAAUGCGAUCCGCAUAGGGGGGUAUUUACCUGAUAGAGUUAUCAACCUUAUCCUUCAAUAUCUGAGCAGCAGCAUUUCGAAGAAUAGCAUGUAUAACUUGCUACAACAGCAGCUUGACAUUGUUCUCUUUGAGAUAAUCUUUCCAUUGAUGUGUUUCAACAACAACGACCAGAGGUUAUGGAAUGAAGAUCCUCAUGAAUAUGUCAGGAAGGGCUAUGAUAUUAUUGAAGAUUUAUACAGUCCCCGGACAGCUGCUAUGGAUUUUGUGAGUGAAUUAGUUAGGAAACGUGGAAAAAGUAACCUGCAAAAGUUCAUUCAGUUCAUUGUGGAGAUUCUUAGUCGAUAUGAUGAGGCAUCUAUUGAGUUUAAACAAUAUCGACAGAAAGAUGGUGCUCUUCUUGCUAUCGGAGCAUUAUGUGAUAAGUUAAAACAAACUGAGCCAUAUAAGUCCGAGUUAGAACGUAUGCUAGUUCAGCAUGUAUUCCCUGAAUUCACAAGCCCUGUCGGGCAUCUCCGGGCUAAGGCAGCAUGGGUUGCAGGGCAAUAUGCCCAUAUCAACUUCUCAGACCAGGAGAAUUUCCGCAAAGCAAUGCAGUGUGUUGUCUCUGGUUUGCGUGAUCCAGAACUUCCUGUACGAGUUGAUUCAGUUUUUGCACUUCGCUCGUUUGUUGAAGCAUGCAAAGAUUUAGACGAGAUUCGUCCAAUUCUCCCUCAAUUACUUGAUGAGUUCUUUAAACUUAUGAAUGAGGUUGAAAAUGAGGACCUUGUAUUCACUCUUGAGACUAUUGUGGAUAAAUUUGGUGAAGAAAUGGCGCCAUACGCUUUUGGCUUGUGUCAGAAUCUGGCUGCUGUAUUCUGGAGGUGCAUAGAUACCUCUGAAGCCGAUGAUGAAGCUGAUGAUUCGGGUGCUUUGGCUGCAGUUGGUUGUUUGCGUGCCAUAAGCACAAUUCUUGAAUCUGUGAGCAGCCUUCCCCAUCUUUUUGUUCAAAUCGAGCCUACUUUGUUGCCAAUAAUGCGAAAGAUGUUGACUACAGAUGGUCAAGAUGUUUUCGAAGAAGUUCUUGAAAUUGUCUCCUAUAUGACAUUUUUCUCACCGACAAUUUCCUUGGACAUGUGGAGCCUUUGGCCAUUAAUGAUGGAAGCUCUUAAUGAUUGGGCUAUAGAUUUCUUUGAGAAUAUUCUUGUUCCCCUGGAUAACUACAUAUCCCGCAGUACCGCUCAUUUUCUUACUUGCAAAGACCAUGACUACCAGCAAAGCCUAUGGAAUACACUCUCUUCUAUAAUGUUGGAUAAAAAUAUGGAGGACUCGGAUAUUGAACCUGCACCUAAACUCAUUGAAGUUGUCUUCCAGAACUGUAAGGGCCAAGUGGAUCACUGGGUUGAGCCAUAUCUCAGGAUUACGAUUGAUCGAUUGCGUCGGGCUGAGAAGCCAUACUUGAAAUGCCUGCUAAUACAAGUGAUUGCUGAUGCUCUUUAUUAUAAUGCUUCUUUGACACUUGCCACUUUACAAAGACUUGGGGUUGCAACAGAAGUUUUCAACCUUUGGUUCCAGAUGCUACAACAAGUUAAAAGGAGUGGUGUGCGUGCGAAUUUCAAGAGGGAACAUGACAAGAAAGUUUGUUGCUUGGGAUUGACUUCGCUGAUUGGCCUUCCAGCGGAGCAGUUACCUGUAGAAGCCUUGCAGCGUGUCAUAAAAGCAACGCUCGAGCUGCUUAUUGCUUACAGGGACCAAGUUGAAGAAGCUAAGAAGCAAGACGAGGCUGCUGAUGAUGACAUGGAUGGCUUUGACGCUGAUGAGGAUGACGAGGAAGAAGAUGAGUCAGACAAGGAAAUGGGAGAUGAUGAUGAGGAUGGGGAUGAAGUGGACAGUCUCAAGCUGCAGAAGUUAGCUGCAGAGGCAAGAGGGUUCCAGUCGAAUGAUGAUGACGAUGAUACAGAUGAUGAUUACAGUGAUGACGAGGAGCUGCAAUCACCAAUUGAUGAGGUGGACCCUUUUAUCUUCUUUGUUGAAACUGUCCAAGCUCUCCAAGCAUCCAACCCGGGUAGAUUCCAGAGUGUGAUGCAGACCUUUGACAUCCACUGCCACGCACUUGCCAAUGCCGUAUCUGAAAAAGCUGACAUGAGAAGAGUCGAGAUUGAGAAAGAGAAGCUGCAAAAGACAAAUACUGAGUGAACGCCGCUCUGAUGUUCUCAUUUUCGAAAAUAUUUUCUCAAUGCGGUAGAAACUGGGGUAGUUUACUGUGUCUCAUGUCUUGGUCGUCUCGGUUUCUGAGUUUUUAGAGCCAUGGUCUUGUCCCCAGGGUGGAUAGGGCUUUUCUAGGCUUAAUCAAUUUUCUCCUCCUGAGAUGGGAGAAGCUGAUAAUGGAUGCAUUGAGGAUGAAUGCUCUGUUAUCGCUGUUGUCACAAUUUUUUUGGGUGGGAAGUGGCAACCGAUAUACGAAGUUGUUGAUUUACUACAUGGUACGCCCCUCCCUCGUCGGUUGUAUGAGAUUUAUUUCUUCGGGAUGAUUUUUUCCAUUCGUCGGCCCGUCGAAGAGUACAUUAUUUGGAUAUACUAGGUCUUUUAUUCGAGAUGGCAGGGUUUGGGUACAAAGUGUAUAUGAUUUUAUUAUUGUAUCAGGAUACGAGGACAUGUGGAAGUCUGUGAGAUAUAGUUUGGUGGGGUCAAAUGUUACGCGGAUGGUCUAACCCCUUUGAAGGGUGAGUUUUGCGUGAACCACUGCUUUUUUUUUUGUUUGUUUUUUUUUUUUUGUUUUUGCAUAAAGCAAGUCUAUUGGGAUUUAUUUACUGUUACGGCUUGAGUCAUCAUGUAUUGGUUUCUUUUUGGUGCCAUGUUUUGUGUUUUCCUAAUUUAUCGGCAAUUUGAAGAAUUGAUUCAGCAAUUUGAAUCUGCAA